UUAAAAGGCAAGAUUCCAAAAUAAACAAAGAGAUUUUCUCCUUUUAUUUGGUUCUUACGUAUGAACUCUUUCAAACAGGAAUCACCCCACCUGUCUUUAUCAUGUCGUAAGAUUUUGUUAAACCAAAACAGCUAAUUUACCAGUUUCAUGUCCAAAAUCUUUCUAUAUAAAUCUAUCCUUUCCCAAAGGAGUGUACAGAUUUCCAUUUCAUUGCCUCUCCUCCAAGAUAUCAACACUCCACGGCUUCACUUGCAGGUUUGGUUCUUCGGAAUUGUAAUCCAAUGGAAGAGGUGGGAGAUAAGAAGUUUGAACUUAGCGUAAAGCAAUUCGAACCAACGCUGGUUCCUCCAGUUGAGGAGACACAGAAGGGUCUGUAUUUUCUGUCAAAUCUAGACCAGAACAUCGCGGUGGUUGUUCAAACCAUUUACUGCUUCAAAUCAGAUACAAAAGGAAAUGAGGAAGCUGUGGACGUUAUCAAGGAUGCCUUGGCAAGAGUUCUUGUACACUACUACCCGGCUGCAGGCCGGCUCACAAUUAGCUCAGAAGGAAAGCUGAUAAUGGAUUGCACUGGUGAGGGUGCUGUCUUUGUGGAGGCCGAAGCAGAUUGUGACAUUGACGCGAUCGGAGACACAACGAAACCGGAUCCUGUCACUCUUGGAAAGUUGGUUUAUGACAUUCCUGGUGCACAGAACAUACUUCAGAUACCUCCUCUGGUGGCCCAGGUGACUAGGUUCAACUGUGGAGGAUUUGUUCUGGGGCUGGGAAUGAACCAUUGUUUGUUUGAUGGUAUUUCUGCUAUGGAUUUUGUAAAUUCGUGGAGUGAAACUGCAAGGGGCUUGCAGCUAAAAGUUCCUCCAUUUCUUGACAGGAGCAUACUCAAACCCCGAAACCCCCCACAGAUCGAAUUCCCCCACCAUGAAUUUGCUGAGAUAGAGGACAUAUCUGAAACCAAAAAACUUUAUGAAGAGGAAAUGCGAUAUAGUUCCUUCUGUUUUGAGCCAGAGAAGCUUGAACAACUCAAGGAAAAAGCAAUGGAAGAUGGAGUUCUAACAAAGUGCACUAAAUUUGAGGCCCUCUCCGCGUUUGUCUGGAGCGCUCGAUGCAAGGCGUUGAGAAUGAGGCCUGAUCAACAGACUAAGCUACUCUUUGCAGUCGAUGGACGGUCUAAAUUCGUGCCACCACUUCCUGAAGGUUACUCUGGCAAUGGAAUUGUGUUAACAAAUUCGCUAUGCACUGCUGGUGAGUUGCUGGAGAACCCCAUGUCCUAUGCAGUUGGGCUGGUUCAACAAGCAGUUCAUAUGGUUACAGACAGUUAUAUGAGAUCCGCGAUUGACUAUUUUGAGACGACUAGAGCUAGGCCUUCUUUAGCUGCUACUCUUCUGAUUACUACAUGGUCUAGGCUAUCGUUCCACACGACAGAUUUCGGAUGGGGAGAAGCAGUGUUUUCAGGGCCUGUGGCAUUGCCUGAGAAGGAAGUGAUUCUGUUCCUCUCCCAUGGCAAAGAAAGGAAGAACAUAAAUGUUCUUCUGGGUCUUCCAGCUUCUGCAAUGAAAACUUUUGAAGAACUAAUGCAGAUAUAAGUCCAGUUGAAUGAAUCCCUCUCCAAAAUUGAUUAUAUUUUGUGCCAAUUUGUUUAGAUGGUGAAUGAAUAAAUAUUAUACAGUUUAAUUAGUGCAAUAACUCGGAUCGGAAAAGCAAGUAUGGAACUUGCUUUUUUUAAACGGGGAAAAGGGGAUUCGAAUCCGGGUCACCAUGUGAUAUUAUUAUUAUUAUUUAUGUUAUUCAGAAGUGUAUCCUUUUCAGCUAUUGUAUUUGUGUUCUUUGGCUCCAAAAAGAAAGAAAGAAAGAAUUAAUUUUUUUUUAUGCUAAAGUUCACUGUUCAUGCCA